UCCACUCGUCGCACGCAAGCGCAAAUGGCUCUAAAAAAAGUCCAGUUCCAAACCUAGACUAGACUCCUCACCGAGGCGACGACGCAAGCAGCUCAGCGCGCCGCCGCUGCCCCGUCCCGUCCCGCGCCACGCCGGCGCCUCCCACCCCGUGCCCGCCGGAUCCUCGUUCCACGCGCCUGGACCGGUCGAGAGGAGCGGAGAUCCAUCCAUCCGGCCGUCGGUCGGUCUCGUCGUCUGUCGUUGGCUGUAAUGAAAAGCUGGGCCUGCUAGAGCCAGGAGUUUUCGUUGCAAAUCUGCGUCUCCGCUAUGGGUUCAGGCAACUUGAUCGUGAAGAAGGUGGUAAAGCACAGCUCUUUUGAUCUGGACAUUCAGCUCGAUAAGAGUUGGAUGGAGGACGUUACCUGCCCGAUCUGCCUUGAUUACCCUCACAAUGCAGUCCUACUGAGAUGCACAUCUUAUGAGAAAGGCUGCAGGCCGUUUGUUUGUGAUACAGACCAGACCCGUUCCAACUGUCUUGAGAGAUUUAAAUCUGCAUAUGAACUGCCUUCCAAUGCGAAAGUUUCAUCUUUUGCCAUGCCUCCUCUCGAUAGCAUCAUUCAUAUUGUGCCAUCGAACGCAAACAACCGCCCCAGCUGCCCUCUGUGUAGGGGUGAUGUUAUUGGAUGGAUUGUUAUUGGUGAGGCUCGGCAGCAUCUUAAUCAGAAGAAAAGGUGCUGUGAAGAGGAUUGCUGCUCGUUUGUCGGUAACUUCAAUGAGCUUCAGAAGCACACGCAACAAAAGCACCCGGAUUCACGCCCUUCAGAGAUUGAUCCUGCUAGACAAGUUGACUGGGAGAAUUUCCAGCAAUCUUCUGAUAUUGUAGAUGUCCUGAGCACAAUACAUGCACAAGUUCCCAAUGGGAUAGUUCUGGGAGACUAUGUGAUUGAGUAUGGAGAUGAUGACAAUGGUGAGGACUAUGAAGUUUUCCGCGGCGUCAGGACUCACUGGUGGUCAUGUAUAUUCUGCAAGGCGUUUUCGAGAUCUUCAAGAAGUCGUAGAAGAGCGAGGGAAAGAAGGGGCGGUGGAAGGAGGAUUGGGAACCAAGCUAAUCUAGAAAAUUUUAACAUCGAGGUUCCAGCACAAUCUGUUGAAUUAAGGGAAAUUAGAUUUGAUGAAAUUGAUGAUGAAUACAUAGUCACAGGGGCCAUUCCUAGUAUGGCAACACCUGGAAGAAUGGCUAGUUUCCAUUACAGGGACACAAGAUACGGACGUUGAUGCAUAGAAUCUGCAGUAAAAAAAGAAAAGAAAGGAAAUAGCUGUUACGCGAUGUACCGAUCAUCAUAACCAUUGUACCCCGCCACGCCCCGCCCAUUUGAAUUCCUUUUCCGCCGUUC